GCUACUGAAACAACAAAAAUGGCUACUCCGUACAGUCAUGACUGGAGAGCAGUCUGCGAAAAAUUUAAUAAUGCUCAAUAUCUCACUGAAGUAGAAUCAAGAAAAGACCCAGAAAAUGACCCUUUUCGAUCUAAGUAUAAGGCAAGGGAGCUCUUGAGAGAGAUAUACUGCUCUCUGAAGAAUUUUGAUGUCGGUGAAAACGAGAACGUCACUGAAGCUGAUCAGCGCCCGAAAGAACAGCCGAUUGACGGAGAAAAUGACGGGAGGUUUGGGACAGGCCAUUGUGGACACUCCCCAGCUGGAUCGAGGGCUGCUAAACUCGGGGCGGUGGAGUAUUAUCUGGGCGUAAACCACGUGGAAACAGAGGAACUGUCUGCUGGAGAGGAACAUUUGAUGAAUUGCAUGACAUUUCUGGAGAAGUGCAGCAUAUCUUCAGAGAACGUGUCUUUGUUCAUCCAAGUCAGGAAUCAACUCGGGAUUUUGUGGGCUGGCAGGGAUGAAACUGAGAAAGCUCAAGGAUUUUUAGAAACCGCAGAAGCAAUGUAUAACCGGUACAUGAAAGAGGACGGUCACCCACCAAUGGACAUUACAGAGUUCUUUGUGGCAGAGGAAGAUUCAUUACCUGAACAGGAGAGGACAAAAAGAUUUGAAAUGGCAUAUACCCACACACUAUACUACCUUGCACAAGUGUACAAGAAUUUGGGUCUGUUUGAGAAAGCUGGAUCCUACUGCCACAGCACUCUGCAGAGACAGCUGGAAUUCAACCAGUUCAUUCCUCUGGAAUGGGCCAUCAAUGCAGCCACACUGUCUCAAUAUUACAUCACCAAGAGUCGAUACAUGGAAGGCAGGCACUGUCUGUCUGCCGCCAGUGUCAUUGCAGGCAUUGCUGGGGAGGUCCCAUCAGAAGCUGCGUCCCAGGAGAAUGAGGCCGAGGCUGAGAAGCGAGACCAACUUAGACAGAAAAGAGCCGAAAUAGCCAGGUGUUGGAUCAAAUACUGUCUCAAUUUGUUGCAAGAUGCCAAGAAACUUCUCGAGGACAACAUUGGAGAGCUAGAUGUGGACCGGCAGGAAGAGCUGAGAGCAGCGCGGCGUCGAGAGGAGGAGGAGAAGGAGAGGGGGAGGAAGAAUGCCGUUCUGUUCGGUUCAAGUGACACUUUUGACUCCAUCUGUAGCCUGGAGGAGAAGGUGAGCUGUGUCUUCCCCCUGGACUUUGAAGAGGCCCGUGCCAUCUUCCUGUUUGGCCAGACCUAUGUGAACCAGGCCAGGGAGUAUUUCGAGAUGGACGGCCACGUCACAGACCACAUCGAGAUCGUGCAGGACCACAGCGCUCUCUUCAAGGCCCUGGCGUUUUUCGAGGAGGACCUCGAGCGCCGCUGCAAGAUGCACAAGCGGCGGGUGGACAUGUUAGAACCCAUCUGCAAGGACCUGAAUGCCCAGUACUACCUUCUCAUCUGCCGCCAGCUGCAGUUUGAGCUGGCUGAGAUCUACUACGAGAUGAUGGAUCUGAAGCUGGCUGUGGCCAACAAGCAGGAUGAUCUGGACGCGCACACCGUCAAGAAGUUUAACCACCUCUGCUCCUCCUCCGUGAAGUUCUACCAGAUGUUCCUGGACUCGGUCCGCUCGCCAGAGGGCAAGUGGCCGGAGAAGCUGGAGGAUGAGGUGCUGAGGCCAGCCCUGGUGGCUAAGUUCCGGGUGGCUCGUCUCCACAGCAGGUUCAUCUCAUCCAGUCCAACCGUUCAGCUGGAGAACCUUAACCGCUCCCUGGAGUGCUACGACUUUGUGGUCCAGUACUGCAGGGACAACCCAGAGGCCAAAAGUGCCAUAGAGACAGAGUUGGAGCUGAGCGAAGAGAUGGUCAGCCUUCUGCCCCUGAAGAUGAACCGACUCAGGGCAAAGUUGGCCUCAUCUAACUGACACGGCGUGCCCUACACGCCACUCAAGGCCUUGUCUGUUAAAUAUUUAAUAUUCUCCUGAAUGCUCUGAUUUGAUGUUCUGCAUAUCCUGAUGUGCAAUGUGCAUUAUGUUGGGACCACAGAAUACCAUGUUAUGCAUGAUACCACAUUAUUUGUCUCACUUAUUUGUUAUGUUCUCUGAUAAAAAAUGUGAUUAUAUCAUGUUGUACUUUAUGUAGACGAGUAGCUAACAAAAUUGUGAUGUCAACAUUGUGAAGUCAGUAAUUUACAGAUUUACAAGAAACUGUUGGUUUUAAAAGGACAAUUUACAACUGACGACUCAAUCUUAAAAAUAAACAAUAUGCAAAUGACCUUUUC